AUGAGCUCCAGAGACAGAGAAUCCAGAGAAAAGAAACAUUUGCCGAAAUCCACAUCUACUCGUAUCGAUCUUUCGAAUCCGCUGGCGCAUCGUGCUGCACCCACUUCUGGAUACACAUCUACAUCUAUGAUGGCCGAAGAUUACGAUUUUUCCACUUCUAAUUAUAUUCCUAAUACAUCUCAAUCUCAUCCUCAAUUUCAAUCACAAUCUCAAUCUUCAUCGGAAAUUUCCGCGCCACCACGCGUGCGCCUUUCACAUCCACAUUCACAUAUAAAAUCUACAAAUCAUUCAACGGCUGAGUCAUCAAGAAGUAGUAGUCCCAUAUCAUCUAACCUACAUCCUCGAUCACGGUCACGAUCACCAUCACAAUCACAAUCACAAUCACAAUCACAAACACCCUCUCCCCCAAUCCCACCUCAACACCCAAACCCCACCACCCACGAACCCCAAGAAUUUCCACCCCUCUCCCAUCCCUCCUCCCCCUCCCCCUCCACUCAAAUCUCCACCCCCCCAUCCCAACUCAAAACCCUAACCACCACCCUCCACCACACACGCGAAACCCUCUAUUCCCUCCAAACCAUCCACUCAACCCUCCAAAACAACUACCUAACCCUCGACACACAACACCGCCACCUCCGCUCCACACACGCCAAUUGUCCGAGUAAUUCCGAAGUGCAAAGUCGUAUUGCAGCGCUGAUGUUAGAUCGGGAUGCUUUCCGCGAAGCGUAUAAUGAGGCGAUGGGAGAGAUGAGGGGGAAGGAUGAGGAGAUUAUGGAGUUGAGGGGUCAGGUGAGGGGGUUGAAGGAGUGGGUUAGUAGUUGUGGGAGGGGUGGAGUGGGCGGGGAACAGGUUACGGAUGAGGUGGUUAAGGAGAGGAUGCAGUGGAUUGGGAAUGCGUUGCAGAAUUGGGUGAUAAUGAAUUUUAGGAGGGGGAGAAUUGACAAAGCUCCGGAUGAGGUACGCCAACAAUUAGAGCAAUGGGUACCCAUGUACCAGCAUCUAGCAACAUCAUCUAAAAUCAACUUCAUACAAUCACUUGUAUCAAGUCUAUUAGUAUAUGAUAUCUUCCAAGCAUAUUUCAUCGGUCUCCCAAAACAACAAGCAGUGGAGCUCGCACAAACCGAAAGAACCUUAAGUUCAUAUGGUUCCGAAGAUGCUAUGAAUCAAUGGCGUUCCACCACUCUCGGAAUAUUAUUAAAAGAAGCUCCUGAAAAGCUUAAAUCCGAUACGGCCACUAUUGUCAAUACAUUCGUUGCGCAACUCAAUAGUUUGCUAGAUCCGAUAUGUGAUGUGCCAAGUUCGGAAGCUAGAGACCAAUCGCUUAAAACUAUAAUUCAUAGCGCUAUUGAUCUUUCGCGAUUAUUGCGAGUUCAAAAGGCAGUAUUUAGUAUUAUGAUGCCGGUUAUUGAAGGACACCAAAGACUGAUGUUUGAUGAGGAGAGAAUGGAGGAUAUUGGGGGUGAGGAUGAAGAUACUUUGAACGAGCGAGAAAUUAGCUGCGUGACGUUUCCUGGGAUUGUAAAAGCUGGAGAUGAAAAUGGAGAGCGAAGUUAUUUGGUGAAUAUUGUUGCGAAGAUGAAGGUGCUUUGCGCACCUGAUUGA